CUUGAUGGAUGGUGCAGUUGACUGUUUAAUUGAAAUUUAUAAACAAAUACUUAGCCAAAUAAAAUUUGUGAAUAAAUUUUUGCUUCAACUUCAACAAGUACGAAAAUGACGAGACAUGCAAGAAAUUGUACAGCAGGAGCAGUCUAUACGUAUCAUGAAAAGAAAAAAGAUGCACAAGCUUCUGGAUAUGGAACGAAUAGCCAAAGACUAGGAAAGGACUCUGUGAAAGGUUUUGAUUGUUGCUCUUUAUCGUUGCAACCGUGCAGAAAUCCUGUUAUAACGAAAGAUGGACAUCUCUUUGACAAAGAAGCUAUAUUGGAAUAUAUCAUAGCAAAAAAGAAGGAGUAUAGUCGAAAGCUGAAAGAAUAUGAACGAAAAAAAGAGAAGGAAGACGAAGAGAUUUCCCAAAAAGCUGCCGAUGAUUUUGGAAAGAAAGUUUCAUCGUUUUUGAACAGUGAAAACAGUAUUGUCAGUAAGCCAAUGGAUGGCUUCAAGCAAGAUGCUCCAGGAACUUCAUCCAUAUCGAACAUGGCUGCAGGAAAAGAUAAGGAACUUCCAAGUUUUUGGGUUCCUUUCAAAACACCUAGUGCAGAAAAAUCAAACAUAGAAAAACCUGACCCGAUAAUUUACUGUCCCAUAUCUCAGAAGCCUCUCAAAGCCAAGGAUUUAAUUGAUGUCAAAUUUACCCUCGUGAACGAUCCCGAUGACAAGAAAUCCAUACACACGAGAGAAAAUAGAUAUAUGUGUGCUGUCACCCACGACAUUUUGAGCAAUUCUGUUCCCUGCGCUGUUCUGAAACCAACAGGUGACGUUGUUACUAUGGAAUGUGUCAGGAAGAUCAUUAAAAAGGAUUACAUCCACCCGUUGACGAAUAAAAAAUUAUCCAAGAAAGACAUCAUCAUAAUGCAGAGGGGAGGAACAGGGUAUGCACAUACGAAUGAUAAGUUGAGCGGGAAACAAGCUAGACCUGCUCUUCAAGCUUGAAAACUCUGAACUUUUUAUUUAUUCCCACUUGCUAUUUGUUCUAAAAUGUUUUAAAAUUUGUUUAAUAAAAAAAUUCCUUCAA